AUGCUGCGAAGGAGCCUGUUACUGAGGAAGGGAGCCUUGUCUCCUUUCCAUACGUCAUUCUUACCGGCAUGUGCCCGAUCCACGUCUGCCACUGACCACAUCGAACUGGCACGAGAGAGGUCAAAAACGGUCACUUCCUUCUACAACCAGUCUAGCAUCGAUAUCGCUGCAGAGAAGGUACCCAAAUAAGCUGCUGGAAACACUGUGCUUGUGCUGCAUUACUGGAACAGCAGGGUGGCAAAGUGUUAGCUAUUCCAUAUUAUCCACCCAAUGUGACAUUCUGCUAUUCCAGUACUUCACAGUACUCAAAUAGCAUAGGGCAAUGGUGUAUGGAUAAUGUCUAGGAGGCAGUAUUGGAAUAGCAGAGGGUAAUAGUCUAUGGAUAAUGCGUAGGAGGCAGUACUAGAAUAGCAGAUGGUAAUGGUGUAUGGAUAAUGUCUAAGAGGCAGUACUGGAAUAGCAGAGGAUAAUGGUGUAUGGAUAAUGUGUGCGAGGCAGUACUGGAAUAACAGAGGGUAAUAGUGUAUGGAUAAUGUGUGCGAGGCAGUACUGGAAUAGCAGAUGGUAAUGGUGUAUGGAUAAUGUCUAAGAGGCAGUACUGGAAUAGCAGAUGGUAAUGGUGUAUGGAUAAUGUCUAAGAGGCAGUACUGGAAUAGCAGAUGGUAAUGGUGUAUGGAUAUUGUCUAGGAGGCAGUACUGGAAUAGCAGAGGAUAAUGGUGUAUGGAUAAUGUGUGCGAGGCAGUACUGGAAUAGCAGAUGGUAAUGGUGUAUGGAUAAUGUCUAGGAGGCAGUACUGGAAUAGCAGAGGGUAAUGGUGCGAGGCAGUACUGGAAUAGCAGAGGAUAAUGGUGUGUGGAUAAUGUGUGCGAGGCAGUACUGGAAUAACAGAGGGUAAUAGUGUAUGGAUAAUGUGUGCGAGGCAGGCAGUACUGGAAUAGCAGAGGGUAAUGGUGUAUGGAUAAUGUCUAGGAGGCAGUACUGGAAUAGCAGAGCGCAAUGGUGUAUGGAUAAUGUAUAGGACGCAGUACAUGAAUAGCAGAGGGUAAUGGUGUAUGGAUAAUGUAUAGGAGGCAGUACUGGAAUAGCAGAGGGUAAUGGUGUAUGGAUAAUGUCUAGGAGGCAGUACUGGAAUAGCAGAUGGUAAUGGUGUAUGGAUAAUGUCUAGGAGGCAGUACUGGAAUAGCAGAUGGUAAUGGUGUAUGGAUAAUGUCUAGGAGGCAGUACUGGAAUAGCAGAGGGUAACGGUGUAUGGAUAAUGUGUGCGAGGCAGUACUGGAAUAGCAGAUGGUAAUGGUGUAUAGAUAAUGUGUGCGAGGCAGUACUGGAAUAGCAGAGGAUAAUGGUGUGUGGAUAAUGUGUGCGAGGCAGUACUGGAAUAACAGGGUAAUAGUGUAUGGAUAAUGUGUGCGAGGCAGGCAGUACUGGAAUAGCAGAGGGUAAUGGUGUAUGGAUAAUGUCUAGGAGGCAGUACUGGAAUAGCAGAGCGCAAUGGUGUAUGGAUAAUGUAUAGGACGCAGUACAUGAAUAGCAGAGGGUAAUGGUGUAUGGAUAAUGUAUAGGAGGCAGUACUGGAAUAGCGGAGGGUAAUGGUGUAUGGAUAAUGUAUAGGAUGCAGUACUGGAAUAGCAGAGGGUAAUGGUGUAUGGAUAAUGUAUAGGACGCAGUACAUGAAUAGCAGAGGGUAAUGGUGUAUGGAUAAUGUGUGCGAGGCAGGCAGUACUGGAAUAGCAGAUGGUAAUGGUGUAUGGAUCAUGUAUAGGAGGCAGUACUGGAAUAGCAGAGGGUAAUAGUGUAUGGAUAAUGUGUAGGACGCAGUACUGGAAUAGCAGAGGGUAAUGGUGUAUGGAUCAUGUAUAGGAUGCAGUACUGGAAUAGCAGGGGGUAAUGGUGUAUGGAUAAUGUAUAGGACGCAGUACAUGAAUAGCAGAGGGUAAUGGUGUAUGGAUAAUGUGUAGGACGCAGUAAUGGUGUAUGGAUACUGUGUGCAAGGCAGGCAGUAUUGGAAUAGCAGAGGGUAAUGGUGUAUGGAUAAUGUAUAGGUGGCAGUACUGGAAUAGUGGAGGGUAAUGGUGUAUGGAUAAUGUAUAGGACGCAGUACUGGAAUAGCAGAGGGUAAUGGUGUAUGGAUAAUGUAUAGGAGGCAGUACUGGAAUAGUGGAGGGUAAUGGUGUAUGGAUAAUGUAUAGGACGAAGUACUGGAAUAGCAGAGGGUAAUGGUGUAUGGAUAAUGUAUAGGACGCAGUACUGGAAUAGCAGAGGGUAAUGGUGUAUGGAUAAUGUAUAGGAGGUAGUACUGGAAUAGUGGAGGGUAAUGGUGUAUGGAUAAUGUAUAGGACGCAGUACUGGAAUAGCAGAGGGUAAUGGUGUAUGGAUAAUGUAUAGGAGGUAGUACUGGAAUAGUGGAGGGUAAUGGUGUAUGGAUAAUGUAUAGGACGAAGUACUGGAAUAGCAGAGGGUAAUGGUGUAUGGAUAAUGUGUAGGAGGCAGUACUGGAAUAGCAGAGGGUAAUGGUGUAUGGAUAAUGUGUAGGAGGCAGUACUGGAAUAGCAGAGGGUAAUGGUGUAUGGAUAAUGUAUAGGACGCAGUACUGGAAUAGCAGAGGGUAAUGGUGUAUGGAUAAUGUGUAGGAGGCAGUACUGGAAUAGCAGAGGGUAAUGGUGUAUGGAUAAUGUGUAGGACGCAGUACUGGAAUAGCAAAGGGUAAUCGUAUGCUAUUAAUGGCAUGUGAGCCAGCUAUGUAACAUGAUGAGUUUAAAGGCUGUAUUGUUGGGUCUAGGUUAAGGCUUUAUUGUACUGGAUCAUUGAAACAUUUACCCUUGUAUGACUUUAUUAUUUUUUUCCUCUCCCGAGGUUUCUGUUCGUCUCACUCCAACCACCAUGCUUUAUUCAGGAAGAUCUCAGGAUGGCAGCCACAUCUUGGUGAGUCUGACAGUUAUGGCUAUUUUUUUCCUUCUCUCCUGUUUGGUUUACCUACAUAAAACGCCCAUUUAAUCGUGCCCAAUAUUCUCUGUUUUGCAGAAGAGUGCUCGAUAUUUGCAUAAGGAACUUCCUGUCCGCAUCGCUCACCGGAUUAAAGGUUUUCGGAGCCUCCCAUUCAUUAUUGGCUGUAACCCCACGAUCUUACAUGUGGUACGUUCUUACCAUUGCGCAUUUCGUAUUCCUGGAGGCUGCAAGCCACAGGGAAAGGGGCUUAAUAUGGUGCCAGACGGCUACUAAUAUCUGUCUUUCUCCAACCAACAGCACGAACUCUACAUCCGUGCUUUCCAGAAGCUGAGUGAGUUUCCUUCGGUAAGUGGGGAUACCAGUAGUACAGUCAUAUUGAAGUUGUGCUUGCUAACAUUUUUAGGCUCCUCAUUCAGAAUACAAUACUGCAACUUGGACCUUCAAUAGAUUAUUUUUUUUUGUAAAUAUCUGUUUAUUUUGGCAUGGGGUUUUCCCCUCAUACCGUUAUUUUUUUUUUUUAGUUUUUUUUUUUUUAAACAAGCAUGACAUAGAACGGUGGAAUACACCACUCGCAGGUCUGUCAAUGAAGCGUAAAACCAUGGAACUCGCAGGUUCCUUAAACAUUUAGGUAACUUGUGAGAUACACAGGUCUCCAUUGUUGUUGGGUUAUUAGUUGUCAGAUGGUAACUAGUCAGUGGUCAGUUGCAGUUACUGUUUAACAUCAAACAAAGCCAAUGAUUCAGUAACAGUGUCUGUGUUGGUGGUGUGCUUAUAUUAAGGUUCUUCUCGGUCUCUACUGGUGGUGUCAGAAGUGUCUUACUGUAAAAGUGAUUUGAAAUCAGCUGAGUCUGUGGAUAGAAUCCACUGAGUCUAGAUAUUCAGGUAGGUUUGGGGUUUCUCGCUGCUGCGGAAUAUUAGGUCUUCCAUAGCACGGAGUUCUUCCAUUCGUUGGAACCACAGUUCCAUCGGUGGGGCUAUGUCUUGCAAUAGAUUAUUUUACAUGAAACCAGUCACUGCUGCCUCUAGCAACACUGAAACGUCAACCUGUAAUCAAAAGUAACAUCAUAUGGCUGUUGUCUAAACUUAAUACAUUACAUAAUAUCUGAAGAUGUGUUAGCAGUGAGGAACAGUAGAUACAGCUUGCUCUCACACCGUGUAAUGUAAUAAAUUGGAUGUCUCUCCCUACAGAUCACUGACCACGAGACGGAGAGUCAGUACUGCAAGCUGGUGAGACAGUUGCUUGAUGACCACAAAGACGUAGUGACUCAGCUGGCAGAGGGUCUGAGAGAGAGCAGGAAGCAUAUCCAGGUACCUGUCCCAUGAUUACAGUGUUUUCUAUUAACUCCCUGACUCUGGUAGAGGCAUUGUAACCUAGCCGGGGACUGUUACCCUUUUACUCGAUAUGGGCUGCAAUAGCGCCCCCUUCUGUAACACCUGUGUUGUCCUUUUUUUUUUUUUGCAGGAUGAGAAACUGAUUCGCUUAUUCCUGGAUAAAACGCUCACAUCACGGCUGGGUAUCCGAAUGUUGGCGACACAUCACCUCUCUCUACAUGAGGAUAGGGUAAUUAACCCAGCAUUGCAGCCCCAUCUGUAUUGUUCUCAGCCACAAUUUCAUAAUAUUUUCAUGUGACCCUCCAUUAUCUUCUAUUUACUUUGCAGCCAGAUUUUGUGGGCAUUAUCUGCACCCGCCUCUCACCCAAGAAAAUAAUUGAGAAAUGGGUAGACUUUGCCCGGUAAGCUAUCCCUUCUUUUAUAUGUGUCUGCCCCUAGCUAGGAGGGCUGUAUGUACUCUUUUUUUUAAUAUAGGUAGAAAGGGCUUGUUUGAGACCAGGCGGGAUCCUUUUUUUUUAUUUUUAUUUUUUUAUGUAUUGUAAAAUCAAUGCAACACAGAUGUAUAUGUUAUCGAUCAUACAGUGCCAGUUACAGAGGCGUCCAGUGGGAAUGAGAGCAGGACUAAACGUGAACAUUUAGAUACCAAGAUCUAAUUAUUAACAUAUGAACCGACGUCUAUUAAACAUAAUGCAAAAAUGGUGUUUGCGUCCGGAAGAUGUUAGUCUGUUAUUGUUAAUAUUUGAAGAAUAUCUUAUUACGGAACAAGCCGCCUAAUGACACCGAAGGUGUAAUUGCUUUACCUUAACUUGGAUGGUGGUAGAACACACAACUGAAGCAUUGUAGGCUGGAAAAAUAGUUUUUCUGCUGCAGUAAUAAGAUUCUGGAUUUAACGUGCUGUGUCUAGUUGUACAUGGUUGAUUUCUAAGGAAGUCACAGGGCAGGUAGUGUUUUUUUUAUUUUAAGUUAUUACCUUCUAUGUAUAAGUUCUGUGUGCCAAAGUCAUCCCUUUAACGAGCAUUCUUCAUUCUACAGACGCCUGUGUGAACAUAAGUAUGGCAAUGCCCCUCGUGUCCGCAUUAACGGCCAUGUUGCAGCUCGUUUCCCGUUCAUUCCCAUGCCGUUAGAUUACAUCCUUCCUGAACUGCUAAAAAACUCCAUGAGGUAAGUAGACUUUUUGGUAAUUUGAAUGGCUUCUCACACUCAAUCUUAAUGUGACCUUUACCCCUUGCUUUCUUUCCUUAGAGCCACAAUGGAGAGCCAUAUUGAUACUCCCUACAAUGUUCCUGACAUCUCCAUCACCAUUGCCAACAAUGACAUUGAUCUUAUAAUCCGGUGAGAACUGAAGUACCACUGGCUUUAAUUCCAUUAUUAUAUAUUAUUCUCCACCCUCCCCAUAAUAAUUGUCUGGAAAGUUAACCUGCUUGUUGGCAAAAUAUUCGCUAUUCACAUUUUACGCUGGUUUUUAUUGCUAAACUGGAUGGUAUGAAAACCAUUUGAUGCGUUUAGUCUGUGCAUUGCAAUACAUGGUACAUUUUCUAUUAAGGUGAUUGGUUACUGCCAAACCUUGUGUCAAUGGGCAGGGAGAGUGUUUGUUUUAAAAGUUCAUAUUUUACAUGCGCCUCCUCUUUCCACCAGGAUCUCUGAUCGAGGUGGGGGAAUACCGCAUGAUCACCUGGAGAGAGUUAUGAAUUACCAUUUCACAACAGCUGAGACCAGCACUCAGGACCCUCGCAUUAAUCCCAUCUUUGGGAAUAUGGUGGACAUGGUGAACAGUGGCCAGUCCGGUCCGAUGCAUGGGUGAGUUUGGGUGGUAUUUCUGGGAAGUCGGCAAUUUAUAAUUAUUUAUUUACCCUUUUUGUGUCCUUUAGAUUCGGGUUUGGACUUCCCACUUCCCGAGCAUAUGCUGAAUACCUGGGAGGAUCGCUCAGCAUCCAGUCCCUCCAGGGGAUUGGUACUGAUGUCUACCUGCGGCUCAAGCAUAUUGAUGGCAAAGAAGAGAGUUUCCGUGUCUGA